AUGCCUUCUUUAUCGAGGCAAAUCAUUGUCUGCCUUCUCUCCCUCUCUCUUCUUGACGUCGCCGCAGCCCUACCAUCUUCCCCGUCAAUAAGACCAUACCUACUCCCACCACCCAAGCAGCUCAUAGGCAAAAGGUCGGAGUCUUCUCCUUCGAUACGACCAUACUUGCUGCCACCUCCCAAGCAACUCAUCAGCAAGAGGUCGGAUAAUGAGACAAACUUCAUGCCCAGACUUGACGUCAACUUCCCCGACCCAUGUCUCCUUCAAGACCAAGACAGUCGCUGGUUAUCGUUUGCGACAAGUGGAAAUGGACACCAUAUUCAAAUCGCCAUGGCUGGCGAUCCUUUUGGCGAAUGGACUCACCUCGAACAAGAUGCUCUUCCAGGAGACGGAUGGACGAGCGGCAGAAACUUCUGGGCUCCUGAUGUGCGAAAGCUAGCCGACAACUCAUACGUCAUGUACUUUGCAGGGGAAAACCCCGAAGGCGGUCACUGUAUUGGCGUUGCGCGGUCACAAAACAGCACAGGUCCAUAUGAAAUAGAUCCUGAACCGUUCGCAUGUCCGAAGGACGAAGGUGGAGCGAUCGACCCAGCCGGCUUUUACGACAAGACGACUAACAAGCGCUAUGUCGUGUACAAAGUUGAUGGUAACGCUCUCAAAGGCGGCGCCGGCACUCCGAUCCGGCUACAGGAAGUUUCAACCGAAGAUGGAUCAACAAAGAUCGGCGAGCCUGUGGAUAUCAUGCACCGGAUCCCUGCAGAGGAUGGGCCCCUAGUUGAGGCUCCAAACCUGGUGCACACGAACGAUGGCAAAUACCUGCUCUUCUUCAGCAGCCACAUGUACUCUGAUGAUGCAUACGAUGUCAAGUACGCCGUGGCCGAGCAGGUCGAGGGACCCUAUGUUCGGGGACCGGCACCAUUCCUCAAGACGCCGGCUCUCGGGCUCAAGGGGCCCGGUGGAGGUACAAGUGCUGAAGAUGGGGGCUUCUUGGUGUUCCAUGCGUGGUGCCAGGAGCGUAGGAGGUGUAUGUACGCCAUUGGAUAUGAUAUUGCCAGAGUGGACAACUCUGCCUAA